CUUAGCAGUAACAAUCUUGACCCUUACAAGCCAACGACGCCGACCGGACCGAAUUUCACAGCCAAAAUGAGCCAGAAUUACGUGCCGUACGAUGACGAGGAGACCGAGGACAAGUCGGUGGGGCCUAAGAAGAAGCUGCAAGAUUUGUUCAUAGACAUCUCAGAGGCACCACAAGAUGUCGAUACCUUGAAGACCGACAACGUACUACGUGAAAGGUACAAGAAAAAAGUCAUUCCCUUCAUCUCGCGCUGGGCUCAGGACCCUCGCGCGCCCAAUUUUGUCCAUGAAGUGCUGGAACAUGAAGCCGUCGUCGUGAACCACAAUGGCGACGAGAAGCUGUUCGGGCAAAAGCACAAGGAGUUCCUCCUGGCCAUCGCCAUUCCAGAGAACUUGGAUCAGCUCGCGGUCCAAUUACCCGAGGGCAACGGACGUACGGCGCUGCACAAAGCAAUCGAGUCUGACAAGAAGCCACCAUCCAGUCCCUUCACGUCACUCUUCUGCAAAUUAAUGGAGGAGGGCAUCAAGGGCGGCCAAUUAACUAAGAAGCAAGCCGCCGAUAUCAUUUCCAAGACAAACUCGGAGGGGGAGACCUGCCUCCAUCUGGCUCUGAUGAAGGACCUCGACGUUGCCGAGAGGCUCAUUGAACUCGCCGACGAUGCAACAUUCAUGAAGCGGCGGGGGAAUGGGAACACUCCUCUUCACGAUGCGCUCGAGUUUCCUAUCGAAAAGAAAAGUCUCAACAAGCAUAGAUACUUGGUCCCGGCCCCAAAUUGCAAGACGCCGACGCUCAGAAUGCCCAUGGACAAGUUCGCUGAGGUUGCCCAACCCGGCGACGCAACGCAGCCGCCGGACUGCUGCGCUCGUUGCUGGGGCAUCGACAGGAAGUAUCGGAAACUCAAGGAACGGCGAUCCCGUAUUGUCUGCGCUCUGGUGCGCAGGUACCCUGCUGCCCUGGCCAUCCAUAACGAAGCCGGAAAGUCGCCAUUCAGCCACCAUAUCAUGGCCCGAGAAGAGUUCAGGAGGAAAAACCCAAACUUCAACGAUAUCAUGAACCCGGGCAAGGCGGCCCAUCCACAGCUGGAUAUACAUGUACCUGAAGUAUUGAGCAGAACGAGGGGAUCUGUCCUUACACGUAACACGAACGGUGUACAAGGAGGUGGCAAUCAAGAUGUUGGUCCAUCAUCACCACCCCUAGGAGAUGCGAUCAGUUCAAACCCCAGAUCGUCAAAUGCUCCUGGCCAUGGAGAACAGCUUGCAAACGUGGGUUCCCCUAGGCCGCCCAGGGGGAGCAUCUCGUUUGGCCACGGAAGUAUCGCCCGAACCAGAACCCUACAAGACCUUGGGGCCCAGCAGACCAAGGAAGUUGACGACUGUUCACCGGAGUUGCCCCGAGAUUGGUUCCACCUCUCUGUGGAGGUAGAGGAGCUGCUCUGGGAGACAGCGUUCUGCAUCGGGGGCUAUAAGGAGGCUCGCUUCUGCCUCUUUCCCUCAACCCCCGCCCGCCAGGGCACAGAUGCGGAAGUUUCCUCCGAGGACGAAGAGUUUCAUGAUGUCUUCAUUCCCACUGGCAGAGUCACUGUGAACACGAAGAAGCGCUAUCCUCACUUCAAGUUCGUGCCAACGCUGGCCUACGUCCACUUGAAGGUGACGCCCGCUCCGAAAGUAGAGGAAGAUCAGACGGCGACGACCGAGGCACGAGUGGACUGGAGAGACAAGUCAUCCCAGGCACUCGAGAUGCUCUUCGAUUGGCUGACAGGGCCCAAAAAGGUGAAACGAAUCUUAAUGCUCGUGGUGGAAGACAAUGAUACGUUCCCCUGCAGCGAAGCGACCAUUCAGAAAUGCCUGAGCAAACUGGACGACGUUCGCUAUCUCAAUUGGAGACGGCCCAACAUCUCGGUCCAAACUCUUGAGAAAGCGAAAAACAUAGUGGAGCUAUGGCUGUACUCGACUGGGAUCAAUGCUGUUCUUUCGAGCUGGGCUGAUCAAGGAGGGCUGCAAAAGCUGAAAAAGUUGCGCAAAGUGCACCUCGACGCAAAGCCGGGAAUGGAAACCGACGAAGCGAAUGAAGCGAACGUGCAAAGCUUCGAAAAUAAACUAAAAAGCUGGUAUGACAAGACGAGAGCGGCCCCGCUUGUGGAAGUAGAUCCCAUAUCGGCCAGUUCAACAAGGGGGAAUGUCGCACAGGGCGACAGCGGGACCAGUGCUAAAAUGCCCAAUACCUGGCUCAGUAAGAUGGAGAAGUUGACCAGCGAGCUGAACGCCAAAUACUCGCCGGAGGUCCCCGAUGGUGAUGACUCGGACACGGCGUCAAGUGAUGGUAAAGAUGCGACUGACUACGUUAAAGUGGCUUUAUUAGAUGAUGGCGUAGAUCCGGAGUCGGAGGGUCUGGGUAAGUUCAUGUCAGGACGGGGAUGGCCGCGACCGUCGGAAGAUGCAGGAGGACGCACCCAGCCGGAAUCAUUCUACACGUCGGGCCCGAUGGAACACGGCAAUCAGAUGGCUAAGCUGAUUACCAUGGCGUGUCCGUUCGUGCGUCUGUACGUGGCCAAGCUCAACGCGAGUGGGCCCUCAGAGAUGCUGCACCAUCCGACUUUUGACGUCGCCCAAGCUAUCAAGGCUAUUCGGUGGGCUAUCCAAAACAAAGUUGAGGUCAUCUCCAUGAGUUGGAACGUCAUGCUGGACGACAACCACAAGCACAAGGAGGAGCUGGAGGACGUAAUUAGGUAUGCCAACCGGGAAAAGAUACUGCUGUACUGCGCCGCGAGCGAGAAAAAGCCGAGUACAUCGGGAAAUAAGGCCUGGCCCAGCAGCUGCCAAGAGACGUUCAGCAUCGGCGCCGCCAGCAACCAUCGUAUCGCCAAGGACUAUGUGGGCAGCGACGCGCGCUUUCUCUUCCCCUCCGAUGAUCGCGGGCGUGACGGCGGCAGCUCUGCCGCGACGGCCCUUGCCGCCGGCCUGGCCUCGCUGAUACUGUACUGCCUCAAGAGCAACCGCCGAGAAUACGAGCGCAGUAACAUGGAGAAGGAGGAACAGACGGGGCAGAAGGAGAAGCAAGGCCGCCCGGGGCACCAGCAGCAGCAGCGGCCGUUGUCGGCCGCCGGGGACAACCCCCGCGAAAUGAUGGAAAAGGUCUUCGAUAGCCUGUGCCGGGAGAAAGGGAGCGGCUAUCUCGACAUCGACCCGCUUCUGGGCAAGGGUCCAGUAUCGUACGGGACUAUUACGAAGCACUGCAAGCCAUAUAUCAAGACCGGCGCGAACUUGUUGGGGAAAGCAACGAGAGAGGCCGCAGAGAACGGCCGUAGGACCUAGUUUGGCAGCGGGGCGGAGCACGCGUAAGCACAAACGAUGGCAUCAAGCUCGACGAAAGCGAAGGAAUGGUAAAUCUCAGACAUUGACAAUGGUAACUGGCUUUUGGGCAAAUUGGAUCAUGUUG